AUGGCAGAGAUUCUUCCGUGUGCUCUACUUCUUUUGAAUCUAUUCAACAUCUCGGGCCAGCUCUCCACUUGGAGAAUGCAUUACGGGUUUGCACUGGGUGUGCAGCUUGGUGCGUGCUACUCACUGCUCUUGCUUGUGCUGCUGCUUCGGGGCAUCUGGGGCCCCAUCGCCCUGCCAUUUCUCCGACUUGCCGUUGCUCAGGUCAUGUAUAUCGUCAGCGCAAGCGCCAUUGCUGGACUUGCCGCACUGAGGUUGGUCUACUGUAUCUAUAUGCGAGAACUGCUGCUGAAUCACUGGCCUCGGGAUGACCUCAGGACCGUUCGCUCCGACUACUACUUCAUGGAGUCAAUCACGUGGACACUUCAAGCGGCAUUUGUCGUGUGGACGCUGCUUGAUUUAUUGAAAAUCCGUGGUCUGGCGCAACAACAUUAUUGUUAG